AUGUUUUUGUCAUUUUCUCCGGAAUCGUGUUCCCCUUUUUGUGGAGGCUGCACAGUAUUAUCAAGAUCUUGCAGUGACUUAAAGAAGCUCGAUCCUAAAGCGAAAAGCGGAAUCUGUCUGAUAGAUCCUGAUGGUGAAGGAGGAUUGCUGCCUUUCCUCGUCAUCUGUGACAUGAGUGACGAAGACGGAGUUGGUGUGACUGUCAUAAGUCACGACAGCGAAAAAAGGACUUUGGCAGACAAUAAUACCCCCCCAGGAGACUACUCGCGAAAUAUCUCUUACAAAGACGCGAACAUAUCUCAACUGGUGAGUCUCGUCAGCGUUUCCCAGUCUUGCGAGCAGUUCAUUAAGUACGAGUGCCUUGGUUCUACCUUGGAAGAUGGUUUUUGGGUUUCACGUGAUUCUGAGAAAAUGACUUACUGGAGUGGGGCAGCACCUGAAAGUAACAUGUGCGCAUGCGGAAUGAACAAAUCAUGUGCAAAUCCAUCACAAAAUUGUAACUGUCAUGUAAAUGACUUGAAUUGGCGGGAAGAUGGUGGUUUUCUUACUAACAAGACACAUCUGCCAGUUAAGAAGCUGAAGUUUGGGGAUACAGAUGUUGACCAACACAGAAAUGAUGAGAAGGGUUACCACACCUUGGGAAAGUUUAAGUGUUAUGGAAUCGCCUGAUUGUAUGAAACAACAGAAUCUUUAACCAAUACUAACAGUCGGAUCCAGUGGAAAACGCAAUUAAGAUAAAAAUUGCGAGGCAUUGUUAGUGAUGCUUUUGAAAGGUUUAUUUAACGAUUCUUUUUUACUAAUUUCGUGUGGCAAAACUUCAUGAGUUGUCUCAAAACGAUGAUUUGAUGAUGAAAAAAAUAACAUACGUUACCCUUUUCAGUUCUUUUUAAUUUAUUUAUUUAUUGGCAAUAUCUAACCAGGCUGGCCUAAUUUUAACGCAGGCUGGUUUGAAUGGUAGCCUGUAUAGUCAAUAUAAAUACCACAAAUGUAUCGCUUAACUGUCCAGAGAUUGUAAACUUCGAGUGCCAAUGUGAAAGUUCUAAACGGUAAUUGGGAUGAAUUCUAUUUAGACUAACUACGCUGUGAUCUAACCGUUGAUGCUUGUUAUUUGUUAAGGGUAAUAAUUGACUUAUUAACUCGUCUACGAGUGUAACUGAACUUAUCUUGAUAAUUUGUUAAUAACCGGCUUCAAAUAUGGUAGAAGUGCAGUGUUUUUUUGUGCGUGCUCCACCUCACAACUAAAACUCAACUCAAGUUAGUGCUAUUGAAUAUAUUUCUUCCAGUAUGUAAAUACGCAGUGCUGUUGGUUUUUCGAAAAAUCUCUAGCAGUUGUUCUUAUUACAGUUUUUAGAUCUAGUGCACUAGACUCUAUUGGUACUUUAACAACCGUAGAUUAAAGUUAAAAUUAUUGCGGAGGACGACACGCAAUUUGGCAACGUUUUAAAGAGUUCUUGACUACGCUAAAAUGUUGCCUUGCUAGGCAGCUUGCCAGUACCUUUUACACUGA